AUGCUUGCGUCUGAAACCCUCGUCCCAGUGAGCAGCGGCUUUCCCGCAUCGCCCCUGUCCCCGCCUCGGCCUCAACCCACGCCGGCAUACGAUGAAGGAGGCAAGGUGCUCACAGAUGCUGAGCUGCCCUCUUUAUCCGCCGGUGAAGCUUCUGGUCUGAUGAGGAGUGGCCACUUGACGGCGCAACGCUAUGUUCUCAGCCUUCUUUCGCACAUCAAUCAGCGGGAUAGUCGUAUUCAAGCCUGGGUGUUCCUGGAUGCCAAGGCGGCCAUGAAUCAAGCCAAAGCCCUUGAUGACUUGGCCCCUGAGCAGAGAGGACCGUUACAUGGGGUUCCUGUUGGCAUUAAGGAUAUUGUUGCUGUGAAAGGCAUGCCGACACGAUACGGAUCUGCUAUUCAUGAGAAUGAUGGCCCGGCUCCCGCUGAUGCUGCUAUCGUCUCUAUAUUACGAUCCGCGGGCGCCAUCAUUCUCGGCAAGACGGUGACGACCGAGUUCGCAGCGACCUCGCGCGGAGGUUCUUGCCGGAACCCCAGAGAUCUGAGCCGUACGCCGGGAGGGUCUUCUUCCGGCUCUGCAGCCGCAGUGGCCGAUGGCCACGUUCCUGUUGCCGUUGGCACCCAGACCGGGGGGAGCAUGAUCAGGCCGGGGUCGUUCACAGGCACGUUUGCUCUCAAGCCGACUUGGGGUGCCUUGUCGACAGAGGGCGUAGGUAGAUUCUCAAUCUCCUGCGACACGCUGGGCUUUUACACCCGCAACAUAGACGACCUAUCCCUGCUAUCAGAGAUAGUUCACAUCUCUUCGGGCUCCAGGAAUAUCCCGUCCCCGCUAAUGCCUUCCUCUUGCCGGGUCGCCUUGCUCAAGUCCCCCAUGUGGCCCAAAGCCGGUCCCGGGACUCGAGGGGCCUGGGAGCAAGCUAAUACGCUCCUCCAGCAGGCAGGGGCAACCGUCAUUGAUAUUGAACUACCCAAAGUAUUUAACAGGUGUUACGCCUGGAGAGAGAUGAUAGUAGCUGCCGAGGCUAGAGCAGCAUUCCUUCCACGAUAUAUCCAAGCAAAGGAGCAGCUGCACCCUUCCAUUAGGAAAUAUAUGGAGAGCAAAGAGCAUACUUCUGGUGAAGCUGUCUGCGAGGCCUACGACUGCGUCAGUCAGCUUCGUAGCCAGUGGGACAAGAUCGCCGGAGAAUUCGACUUUGUCCUCACCCCCAGUGUGCCUGACGAGGCGCCCGUGGGACUUGAGUGGACGGGGAGCUCGGCUUUCUGUACCUUGUGGACUGUCUUGCACGUCCCGGCCUUGAAUGUACCUGGAUUAGAAGGCAACAGCGGACUGCCAAUCGGCCUGACGGUGACGGGACCCCGGAGUGCGGACAGGAGGAUUCUGGAGGCGGGGAGAUUUGUCGGGAAACUCUUUGAAGAUGCGUAG